AAACAAAAACCCUCACUUCUACCAGAGACCACGUCGGAGCGUUACCAUGGCAACAAACCCAUCGAUGAAUCUCUGAUCCCCACUCUUCUCACGGAUCGAUGAUCUCUGUCAUCGACACAGUGGACGUGAAGCUGGCUGUUGGACGCGGCUCAGAGUGAGAGCUCUGUCCCUCUGUGUCCUCUCUGUCCUCGGGGCUCGCGUCUCAGGUCUCCCGGGGGUCUCUCACGGAUCCGACCCCCCGCCUCGCCCGGAGACUCUCCCCCAGGAACACAGCAUGACCCGGGCCUGGCUGCUGUGGCUCCUGGCCCCCGGGCUCCUGGCCCCCGGGCUCCUGGCCCCCGGGCUCCUGGCGGCCGCGGCCCGGCUCUACACGGAGGACGACCCGCUGGUGAUCCUGGGCAGCAGCAGCCUGAAGCCGGCCGUCAGCAACUCGUCCUCGGCCUGGCUGCUGCAGUUCUACUCGUCGUGGUGCGGACACUGUGUCCAGUUCUCCGGCUCCUGGAAGAGUCUGGCUCUGGACGUCAAAGACUGGCAGCAGGCCAUCAGUGUGGCCGUACUCGAUUGUGCUCAGGAGGAAAACUUUGACGUCUGUAAAGAGUACGGCAUCAAGUUCUACCCAACAUUCAAGUAUUUUCGAGCUCACGCUGCAGCGACUGACAGAGGAACAACCCACAUAGGUGCAGACAGACAGAUCCAGUCAGUGAGACAGUUGAUGGUGGACAUCCUGCAGAACCACACCAGACUGGACUGGCCUGAUCACUGUCCACCGCUAGAACCAUACAGCUCUGUGGAGCUGCUGCCUCUUUUAGGUCAAAGGUCAGAUCACUACACGGCCGUCAUCACAGAGGAACCAGGGUCGUACGUUGGACGAGAGGUGAUCCUGGACCUGCUGCAGUUCUCAGGUGUGGAGGUCAAGAGAGCUCUCAGCACGGAUCUCCCCCUGCUGGACGCUCUGAAGAUCACAACCUUUCCCUCCAUCUACCUGCUACAGCCCAACGGCACACACACACACCUGCACGUUGAGAAGCGUCUGCGUUUCUUCUUCUCCUCUCUGCUGAAGACGUUACCCGGAGUUCAGCGCAGGUUGAAGUCACACGGCAGCCCUUCCAGUGCUGGCCAGAUGGGGGCGCUGGCAGACGGACAGAGCACAGAGCCCUGGAGAGACUUCAGCAGGUCGACGGUGUACUCAGCUGAUCUGGAGUCAGCUCUACACUACCUGCUGAGAGUCGAACUGGCUACCCAUAAUUCUCUAGAGGGGGAGGAGCUGAAGGUUUUCAAGGACUUUGUCACUUUGGUUUCUAAGUUGUAUCCUGGUCGGGGUUCGGUGGUGAAGCUAAUGGAGACUCUCUCUGAUUGGCUGCUCAGUUUACCGCUGCAGCGAAUCCCCUACCAGGCCGUCCUUGAUUUGGUGGACAACAAGAUGAGGAUCUCGGGUGUAUUCUUGGGGGCGGAGCUUCGAUGGGUUGGUUGUCAGGGCAGCAGGGCGGGGCUACGAGGUUACCCAUGUUCCCUGUGGACUCUGUUUCACGUCCUGACCGUCCAACACGAGGCCACGCCCACCGCUCUGGAGAACACAGGUCUGGAGAGCGAGGCGGCCCCGGUGCUGCAGGUGAUGCGUCGCUACAUCAGGACGUUCUUCGGCUGCGAGCAGUGCGGCCGACACUUUGAGGAGGCGGCGUCCGUCAGUCUGGACGCCGUGACGGGCGCCGGGCAGCAGGUCCUGUGGCUGUGGAACCAACACAACAUGGUCAACGACCGACUGGCAGGCUCUCUGAGUGACGACCCCCUCUUCCCUAAAGCUCCUUGGCCGAGCCCAGUCCUCUGUGCUUCCUGUCACGAGGAGAAAGACGGCGUCCAUGUCUGGAACCAGGACAACGUCCUCCGCUUCCUUCGACGUCACUACGGUGCGUCCCACCUGUCCCCCAAAUACACCCUCGCCCUCCCACGACCCCCCGCUCCUCCCGAAAACCCCAAUCCCGAUCCGGUUUGGAGCGCUCAGCCACAGGAUGGGCGCCGAGACGGAGACAGGAAAGAGGAGGAGUCUGGACCCGCACACGGGGAGGACAGGAGCGAGGAGCCAGGCCACAGGAAGGGGGGAGGCGGGAGAGGAGGGGGGAUGUGGAUCCUGGGUCUGGGCUUCAACAGUGUCGACAUGAGUCUGUGUGUCGUCCUCUAUGUUUUCUCCUGCCUCUUCCUCAUGCUGCUCUUCUUCUUCUUCAAAGUUCGCUCCCGGAGGUGGAAGCUACGAUACUCCCGCCUCCACGUCUGACCUGAACCAGAUCCAUCCAGACCGGACCGGGUUUGGUUCAGGCAGAACCACACAGGUUUAAUACAGGUUCAGUUCAAGGCUGGAAGUUCAGGGCGUCUCUGCUCUGAGCACGAAGUCGACAUUAAAGGUUCAGGCUGAACCGGACCUGGACCUGGACCUGGACCUGGACCUGGACCUGGACCUGGACCUGGACCUGGACCUGGACCUGGACCUGGACCAGGACCUGGACCCUCUCCUCUGGCUGUUCGAUGUGAGAGGAUCAGAUGUGGAACUAGGUCUGGACUUGUUGCCUUUAAGGACUCAAUUUUAAAUCCGGUCUUGGCUCUUAAGAUCUGGAUUCAGACCGGAUCUGAGACCUGGUGUAUUUUACCUGGACCCAGACCUUUAGGAACAAGGACUCUGAGAGAACAGACUGGUUCUAAGUUCACUUAAUGCCAAACUCGCCUGUUCUGAGGCUCCGCCCCCUGGUGUAUGUGUCACUGUCAAACAUUGAGCCGCUUGAACGAUGACUGGAUUCGUUUUAUUGAUCUGUUUAUUUUUUACUGCUGCAGGUUUUUGUUUUGGUGGAUUUGGCACCACCUUGUGUUCGGUGAUUUUUGAAAUGUAAAUAUUAAAAGUUUAGAUUUUUAAUGUUAUAAGUUUUUAAAUGAGGGACAUUGAAAUGAUUAACCUGAACAAAUAUGACUCGUGUAGAAACAUCAGUGACAACAAUUUUAAUUCAAUUUUGUUGAUAAUUUUCUGUUCAUGUCGUUUUCAAACUGACUUCAAUUGUUAACUAUUUUUUAAUAAACAAGAUGAAUAAAAGAUAAUUGUUUGUGUUUAGAGGAAAACGUUGAAGAUAGAAGAAAAAAACAAAAGUGAAUGAAUGAGAUGAAAAAUACAUUUUAAUGAUCAAAUUCAAACUUUAAAUUUUGUGUUCUAGAUUCGAAGAUCUGUUUCUUCAACUGCUGUUACCAUGGUUACCAUUAAUUAAAUGUAUUUUUUCAGUUUU